AUGUGGUCCCUAGUGCCUCUUGCCUCGCCCCAACCUCAGUCUGGUCCUGGGGUCCCACCUCCCAGCUUCCCUCACGGCUGGGUCCCCCGGGUCCCCGUGACCCCGGCAUCCUGGACCGCACCCCCUCGUGACCUCGUGACCCCGAGGCCCCCGGUGGCGGCCGUUGGACUAGCGCCCUGUCCCAGCUGGACGGCGGAGGGCGCCAUGUGGCCUGGACCUGCGCUUCUGUUCCCCAGCUUAGUCCUGGGCCUCCUCCCCGCACCCCGGACGCCCCAAGGGGCGCCGCCUGCAGCCCCCCAGCACCCGCCUGAGCCGGGGACCCCGAUCCCCCCGCGGGACGGCCCGGAGGGCGUCGGAGACGGAGACCAGGUCCCCGCGCGCGCCCCGACCGCGCCCUCGCCCAGUGAGCUCGGCGCCCCGUGCGCCCUCCGUGCGCCCCUGCGCGCAGACAACGCGACCCGGAGAUCCGCGGCCCUCUGGGCCAGCCGGGCCCGCCAGAAACGCGCGGCCUGCAACGUCCAGCACCUGAAGAUCACCUCGGACCAUGGCCCGUCCCCGCUGCAGGUGCACCGCAAGCUGGGGGUGACUCUGGACGCCAGGGUGCGCCUCGACUGCCCACAGGCCGUUGUCCACGUGGAGAAAUGGCAGGUGCUGCCCGUGCAGAACACGAGGGGCCCCCACGACUGGAGCAAGUCUCUGAAGGUCAACCUGGAGUUGGGCACCAACGGGUGGAUCCUCAUCAUCCCCAGCAACUUCUUAGCGCCCGGCACCUACGCCUUCAACUACUCUCUGAGCCUCCUGAGAGACGAACAACUUCUCCUGCAAGUGUCCGACUGCUUCUACAUCACCUUCGUGCGGAACCCCCUGAGCGCCAUCAUCACGGGGCCCCCGACGCUGUCGGUGUCGUUCAUGGGCCAGCUGGUCCUCAACGGCUCCUUGUCCUCGGACCCCGACGCCAGUGACCCUCAGGCUGGUCUGCAUUUUUUCUGGUUCUGCACCAUCAUCCAGGGCCGUCGCCAGAAUGGCCAUUGUGUGCCAGGCCGGUCUCAGCUGUGGUGGGCCUCCCAGGGGCCGGUUCUGACCUUCCAGCCGGGAACCCUCAGGGGCAACAGCAGGUACCUGUUCACAUUGAUGGUGCAGAAGGGAAGCAGGAACGCCUCGGCUGAGAAAAUCGUCCAGGUCGGGGCAGGCCCGGUCCCGAUCAGCUACAUCGCCUGCCUGGAAAACUGUCGCCCGUUCCCCCUGGUUUCCAACACGCUCUCUCUGUUUCUCAACUGUACCCAGUGCUCCGACCGUGACGUCUACAGAUGGUCCCUCAGAAGCUCGGGACUGUUCCAAGAUAUUCCAUUCGAUUGGUCAAAGCAGACCACCACUGGGAGGAACACACCCUACCUGUCCCUGAAAGCUUUCGCUAUGCAGGACCUCCCAGAAGCCACUUAUCAGCUGCAGGUGCAGCUCAGCACCUGGGGUGGCCAGGAGGUUCGCCGGUGGCACAUCUUCGCCAUCAAUCACCCCCCAGAGGUUGGCCAGUGCGUCGUGGAUCCCGCCCAAGGCAUCGAGCUGUUCACAGAAUUUGUCGUCCGCUGCUCAGAUUUCCAGGACAAGAACAGCCCCCUGACGUAUAAAAUUGUAGUCUUGGAUCUGCACGGUUUUGGAGAGAUCAGCUCCCUCAAGGAGAACCUUCUGGGAGCUAUCCUGUACCUGGGUCACAUGUCCACCACUCCCGCCACCUUCCUCCCCAGGGGGGACGCGGCUGAUGGAGAUUCUCUGACGCUCUACGCUCAGGUCUCCGACUCCCUGGGUGCCUUCUCCCAGCUGACGUUUCAGGCCACGGUGCACAAGACCACCAACACCUUCUCGUCGAAGGCUCUCCUGCAGCGUCUGUACAGUCUUACCACAGCGCCCAACUCAUCCUUCAUUGAUUUGGUCAGCAGGAAGAACUUCCUGGCCGCCGGCUACCUGCUCUACCUGGCCACCUGUGUGCUCAAUCACAUGCAGGACGAGCUGGCACUGCAGGCAAACCUAGCCAGCCUCCACCUGGACCUGAUCAACCUGUCAUUCCUGCUGCCCCUGGUCACCAUAGAGGAUAUCAGCCAGGUGAUUGUGCUGGUCACCAAGCUGACCAAGAAGGUGGCCGAGUUCACACGGCUGGCCCAGAAACGGUUGGCCCUGAAGAUCUGGCAGAACAGCCGGGCCCUGCAGCUUCACAGCACAAUUAAGGGUAACCAGGUGGACAUGGUGUGUACAGGUGUCCUCACCGCCCUGUCCAACCUCCUGGCCUACACCAGCUACUACGAGGUGGUGGAGGAGCCACUCUAUGUCCUGCAGGGCCUGGUGGACACCGUCAUGGCCAGGAAGGUGCCGGGCAAUGAGACCACCGUAAUGAGGAGUGCCGGCGUCAACAUCUACAUCCGCAAGACGCUGAGAGCAGAAAUCAGCAGCCUGUGUGAGGAGUCGGCUGGGCCCUGCUUCCAGCCCAUGCUGACUGAGAGCAGCGUCCAGGCGGUGCCCAGCAGCUCCCCAGUCUCCGCGAUGUUCUGUGUGUUUGCCACCGACCCCUUCGCCUGGCUCACCUACCCCGAGCUCAGCUCAGUCCAGGUGGGGGGCUUCGAAGUGACUGGGACGUCGGAGAAUGGGGACGAGGUGAACGUCAUCCCCGACGUGGCGGAUGUGUUUCUGCUACGCCGGAACCUGAGUGCUGGCCUCUUCCCCCUCACCGUGGGGCCCACGAGGAAGCCUGGGUGGUCCUCGGAGAGCUGGAGGACCACCACGGGGGCCUUCAGCUUCCAGGUGGAAGGCACCACGCGGGAGGUCCUGGUGUACAUCCUGACAGAGGUGACGGUGGUUUUCACUGCCACUUUGUAUGCUGGCCACCAGGUCUCUGCCGCCGCUCAUGUCGCCACCUUCCUGGUGCCCCCUGACCUCCCACCCGUGGCCAACCAGAGCAGCCUCUUCGACCCGGCCUGCCCCGUGCAGUCGCCCCGGGUGCUCUGCCUGUCCCCAUCCCUGCUGCAGCUGGUCACCGAGAAGAACCCUGCAUCCGAGACGCACCUGGUUGUGGUGCUGCAGGCCCCACGCUUUGUCACCCACCCCAAUGACCAGCUGGUGAGUGUCGCGGUGCUGCGCCUGAGCUGCCUGGACAUGGACGGGGACGGCCUCGACGAGUGGCGGGAACACGCGUGCGUGCUGGGGCCCAGGACCACGUGGGCGCGGGUACACUGCGUGUGCCGGUCCAGGCUCAGCCGCUCCCGGCGCCAGUCCAACUUCAUCAAGUUGGCCGGGCAGCAGCUCAAGACCCACUUCCUGACCUCGCGGGUGCUGGUGACCCCCAACUUCGUGGACCUCCGCUUCGAGGUCAUCAAGACCAUCCCCCAGAACCCUGUGACCCUCUUCACCAUCCUCUUCAUCAUGCUCGUCUACGUGGUCUUCGCUUUCUGGGCCUUGCACCGUGACGAGACGGACCAGUACCUGCGGGACCACGUGGUCGUGCUUCCCGACAACGACCCGAAUGACACCAUGUGCUACCUCCUCACCUUCUUCACCGGCAGCCGCUGUUGUGCCGGCACCAGCGCAGACGUCUUCGUGCAGCUGCGGGGCUCCGAGGCCACCAGCGACGUGCACUGCCUGAGCCACCCUCAGAUCAAGAGUCUGUACCGCGGCAGCAUCAACACCUUCCUGCUGACGACGCCCACAGUCCUGGGCGACAUCCAGUCCCUCCGCGUUUGGCACAACAACGAGGGCCUGGCGCCCAGCUGGUACCUGAGCAGGGUCAAGGUGGAAAGCCUCUUCAGCCGGCGCAUCUGGCUCUUCUUGUGCCGCCAGUGGCUGUCAGUGGACACCGUCCUGGAAGUGACCCUCACCCCCAUGCCCCCCGAUGCCCCCCUGGAACGCAAGGACUAUUUCCUCAUCGACUACGGGCAGAGCCUGGGCACCGAACACUCUUGGUUCUCCGUCUUCGUCGGCGUGGUCAGCAACUCCUUUAACCGGCUGCAGCGGCUGUCCUGCUGCGUGGCCUCGCUGCUGUCCACGCUCGUCUGCAACAUCAUGUUUUUUAACCUCAACCCAGAGGGCCCCGACAACCCCACGACUCUGCACUACGUCCAGUCCAUGGUCAUCGGCAUGCAGAGCAACCUCAUCACCUUCCCGGCCCAGCUGGCCAUCACCUCCUUGUUCACCUACUCUCAGAAGCGGCCGGAUGCCACGUUGGAGGAUGUGGAGACGCAAAAGCAGGCCGCGCCGGCCGAGCAGGGCCACUGGGAGGAGCGGCUGGAGGCCUGGUAUACCCGGGAGACUGCCAAGGCACCCAAGAAGCCAGCCAGGAAGAUGGUUGACAAGUCGCAGGAUAAGGCAAGCCCGCCACCCCCCGAGGCCAUUCCCCAGUCCACACCCCAGAAACACACCAAGUCCUUGAAAUCCUUGAGCAAGCCCCAGGACUCCAUCCUGGCCAACAGGAACGUCAGCAACGCCAAUGUCCAAGGGACGUCCCAGGAUCCCAAGAGCGCAGCGGCCGCCUCCGAGGACCUGGAGCCCCCCAAGAAGAAGUUCCGGAUUGUCCUGCCCACGUGGUGCGUGCUUGUCGCCUGGCUGCUAGUGUUCCUCGUCAUCAGCGUCUCCUCCUUCUUUAUUGUCUUCUACGGGCUGACCUACGGCUAUGAGAAGUCCCUGGAGUGGCUCUUCGCUUCCUUCUGUUCCUUCUGCCAGUCCGUGCUCCUGAUCCAACCAAUCAAGCUCUUGCUGGCCACGGGCUACAGGACCAACCAGCCCAAGUACUGCAAGAACUUGUCAUGGACCAGCAACUACCAGUACAUAGAGAUCAACCUGCCUGGCAGGAGCCUGAAACCGAAGGAGGCCGAGAUGCUGCACCAGGACCUGGUCCAGCUGCGCCAUUCUCGCAUGUACCAGCCGCUUACAGCCGACGAGAUCAGGAUCUUCCAGCGGCGCCGGCGGCUACGGCGGCGGGCACUGCGCUUUCUCAGCUACGUGCUCAUGCACCUCGUCUUCCUGGCCCUGCUUCUCACCCUGGCCGCCGUGCUGCGCCACGCUGACAGUUAUGAGCACCAUCGUUUCCUCCGAGACCGCUUCUCUGAGGGCCUGGACACGGUGACCAAGCUGCCCGAUGUCUACCAGUGGCUCCAUCGGGUGGCUCUGCCCUUGCUCCACAGUGACCAGCACCCUACCUUCUUGCCUGACAGCUCCUGCAAGAUCCUGGGCCUCCCACUCCUGAGACAAGUGCGGGCAGUGCCUGGAGCCAAGCAUUGCCCGGCUGCCCGGAAACUGGCGCCCAACCCAAACCAGGGGGACCUACAUUGUCACCCCGAGUACGGCGUCGACCCCGAGGACGUCAGGAACUACUCGAGGACUUGGAGUGACGCCUCGGCCCUGAAGGACGAAGCAUUCAUGUACCGGCAGCCCACGAAGGGCUGGACCUAUGCAACCGUGGGACUCCUGAACAGCUAUGGCCCAGGCGGCUACGCCGUCCACUUGCACCCCAGCGAGCAGCGCUCCAACUCCACGCUGCGGCUUGUGGUGCUCCGUGCGGGCAACUGGCUGGACGAGAGGACAUGGGCUGUGUUCCUGGAGCUGAGUAUGCUGAGCCCCGACGCCGGCCUCCUCUGCAGCCUGUCGGUUCUGUUCGAGGCCUCACAGCUGGGGGUCGUGAACACGAGCCUCUCCCUGCACGCCUUUGCGUUGGCUGACUGGAACCCCACCACGUCUGCCGAAGUCUACCUGUACGUGGCCCUCCUCACCUUCUUUGUGGCCUACGUCGCAGAUGAGGCGUUCGUCGUGUGGCAUGAGCGGGCCACCUACCUGCUCAGUGCCUACAACUGCCUCAACCUGGUUCUCAAGUGCCUCUUCGCGGUGGGGAUCAAGCUCUUCUUGGAGAAACACCUCCUGGCCACCCGCCUGAUCCGUGCCAGCCUGGCUCACCCAGCCGAGUUCGUGCCCUUCCAUGCUGUAGCUCAGGUUGACUACUCCCUGCGGGUGGUCCUGGGCUUCCUGGUUUUCCUCGCCAUCCUUAAGAGCCUCCGGUAUGCCCGUGUCUUCUACACCGUGCGUCUGGUACAGCGUGCCAUCCAGGUGGCCAUGCUGGGCAUCUGCCACAUGGCGCUAGUCGGGGCUGUGUUUCUGCUGGUCUAUGUGGUCUUCGGCUGCCUGGUGUUCGGCCAGCACGAAUGGAGCUACAGCAGCCUGGUGCGUGCCAUGCAGACCACACUCACCUACUGCGUGGCGGCCUUUGGUAGCACCACUUUUCACAGCAGUCGCCUGAUGGGCCUACUCUUCCUGGCUGCCUUUGUGCUGCUCAUGAUCUGUAUCCUUGUCAACUUGUUCCAGGUCGUCAUUCUGUCCACCUACAAGGCCAUGAAACAGCCGGUGUUCGAGGAGCUGUCGGACGAGGCCGAGGCCGCAGCAUACCUGCACCGCAAACUGCGGAAGCUGGUGGCCUUUGUGCUGUGCCAGCGCGAGGCCGAGGGCGAGGGCGAGGACUCCCUGGAGCCCAAGUUCUUCGAGGACAUGGUGUACGGGCAGCCGCUGAAGACGGACCGCCGCUACCUGGGCCUGAAGACGCGAACCAUGAAGGGGAAGAAGAUGGUUUACCUGGUGGCUUGAUCGACAGGUGUUUCCUGAGUUUUCAGACAGGGUUCUGGU